AAGAAAAGCCGUCACACUCAUAUUAUUACAGCCUUCCUUCGUUGAAACUUGAAAAGAUGACGAAGAUCUCUGAUCUUCCACAGGAUUUGGUAGAGAAUGUACUAUCGAGGGUUCCACUGAUGACAUCUAUGAGAAAGGUGCGCUCUACAUGCAAACGGUGGAACACUUUAUCUAGGGAUCCAGACUUUGCAAAACACUUUGUUAAAGGGUUGUCAAGGCUGAUAAUCAUGAGGUCUCAGUUUAGGCUUUGGUUAAUGAGCGUCGAUUUCCAUGGUAGCCUCAACCAUAAGGACGACUUGGACGUUGCUCCAUAUGUUAAAGAAGGUAAGCUUACUAGCUUAAAUAAUUCUGAUCCCGAGAUAUCAAAAGUUUUUCACUGCAACGGGUUACUCUUAUGCUCGACCAAAGACAAGCGUAGGCUCGUGGUUUGGAACCCGUACUUGGGACAAACUAGGCGGAUCAAACCCAGGAUAGCUUUCCACAAACGCGACAUAUAUGCUCUCGGUUACGACGUAAACAAGAACCAAAAAAUAUUGAGGUUUUUGGAUGAUUACGCCACAUUCAGAAACCCUUAUGUUGUAUGUGAGAUCUACGAUUUAAAGUCUAACUCAUGGAGGGAUCUUGAUGUCAAUGCUGACUGGGAGAUGGAUUAUUAUCAUCAUGGAUUGUCUUUGAAGGGAAGUGCUUACUUUUUUGCUAAAGAAAAAAUGGAAUGGGACGGAGAAGGAGAAAUAGACGUAACAGACCAAGAGACGUUUCUGCUUUGUUUUGAUUUUAAAAGAGAGAGAUUUGGACCGCGUCUGCCUAUGCCGUUUCACUCUCAUGCUGAGGAAACUGUGGCCCUGUCUAGUGUUAGAGAAGAGCAGCUUGCAGUGUUAUAUCAGGGGGAUUCAUCGUGUCUAGUAGAGAUAUGGGUUACAAAUAGAAUUGAGCCUAAUGCAGUGUCAUGGAGAAAGGUGUUUUUAUCAGUGGAUAUUGAACCAUUCUUUGGUCUUCAUCAGUUUGAUUUUUCCGGUGGGAGUUUCAUCAUUGACGGGGAACAAAAACUCGCCCUGAUUUUCGAUAAAGACAAAGAAUAUAUCCACAGUACAGCUUACCUAAUUGGGGAGAAUGGAUAUUACAAAACAUUGGAUCUCGGAGAGGAUAGAUACCACCGAGAAAAAACUGGAGAAUACACUAGUAUGCCACUCGUGUGCUCUUAUUUUCCGACAUUGGUGAAGAUCCAGCAACGUGCAAGACGAGGCAAAAGGAAAGAACGAGAUUAUUAGUAUCAUUUUGUUUUAUUGUGUCAUCUCCUUUAAACAAGAAGAUUAAGUUGUUUCUGUUUGGUUAACAAAACAGUUUUUUUUUUUCUUUCUGAUGGAGUUGAUUGUUCUUAAUUAGUCUUUUAUUUUAGUACCACCUUUUUCAUCUCUUUAUGUAAACCCUGUAUGCUUCGAACCAUUGUUGAGGUCAGCCAAAUCAAGGGACUAUAGGAUGUUUAUUUUUAAUUUUGUUGUUUUGUUUCUAAUUAUUUUCAACAGCCACCAUGAAAAUGAAGGUUUUAAUUUUAGUAAUUAAAUUUGGUUUCCCGGAUCAAAAUUUGGGUGAUAUGAUAAGAAAAUGGUUAUAGAGGAAGAAAGGAAUAAAGUGGCUUUGGUGAUGUCACACAUUAAAAUAGUUAAAAUUGGGCAAACAAAACCAACUUUUACUAUUUAAACUGAAAAGCAACAUUUGUUAGAAUCACAUCACCCAAAAGGGAUUUAUACCUAUUUUGGGAGGGGUUUAUACCUAUUUUGGGUAAAUACAGUUUUUUCCUUUGUCAACAUCGGAUAACAUUUUAAUAUUGUAGUUUUGUCUAGGCUUGGGCACGGAUCGGAUAUCCAGAUUUUUGAAGGUAUUUGUGAUUUGCUUCGUAUGUCACGGAUAUCUAAUUUUUCAAUUUGCUUUGUUUCGUAAAAAAUGGAUAUUCGGAAAAAUGGAUAUCUGAAAAAUAAAUAGAUAUAUUUACGAAUAAUUACAGAUAUCUCAUAUAUUUUGAUUAAUACAAAUAAUCUUAAAAUUUUGAUACAAAUUUGUUUUGUACAAUAUUUUUUUGCAUGAUAUAUAAGAUAAAAAUUAAAAAAAAGUAGUGAAUCUACAUAUUUUGUAAUUUUUUUGAACUUAGUUAACAAUUAUAAUAACACAAAUUUCGGACCCGACCCGAACCGAAGUAUUUCGGAUACCCGAAUGUAUCUGAAAUAGAUUUAUAUACAUAAAUAUAUUAAUUAUCUUUAGACUUAAUGUAUACUGAAACAUCCAAAAUAUAUAAGAUACUUUUAAGUUGUUUAAGAUAUUUGAAUAUAUAUACAAAUAGUCAAAAAUAAAUGUCUAAAAUAGCUAAAAAAUACUCAAAACACCAAAAAUACUUGAAAUAUCUAUUGAUUCUCUAUCAAAAUAUUGAAACCAAACUAAUUUAUUUGUUAAGUUUAGGUAUUUUAACAUAUGUUAUUCAAAUUUAUAUGUGAUAUUUUAUUUUAUUAAUAGAUUUUGAGAAAUUUAAAAUAUAUAAUGAAUUUUUAAAUUUUAAAAAUCAUUUAAAUGGGUUAUCCGAACCCGAACCGAACCCGCAAAGAUCCGAACCGAACCUGGACCGAAAUUUAGAAAUACCUGAAUGAGGCUAAAAUCUUUGACCCCGAAAACCCGAAACCCGAAUAGAC